CAUUCAAAUAAAAAACAGAUCUCGAACAAGUUGGACGUGUUUUCUGCGCGUGCGAAUUCUAUAAUUUAAAGUUAAUAACAGCAUCUUGCAAAAUGGAUUGUGGCACAUCUAUGGUCAAAUAUAUUUUGUUCAUAUUCAAUACCAUUGUGUCGAUUAUCGGCAUUUUGGGCAUUGUCUAUGGCGUGCUCAUACUACAAAGCAUCGGCACCAUUGAGGUAAAUGGCCAGGUUGGCUUCCCACCACAGGCAGCAUUGCCUAUCAUCAUGAUCACGCUCGGCUCCAUAGUGGUAUUCAUCUCGUUCCUGGGCUGCUGUGGCGCCAUUCGCGAAUCCGUCUGCAUGACCAUGAGCUAUGCCGUCUGCCUGCUGGUGCUGCUCAUCCUGCAGCUGACAAUUGUGGUGCUGCUGUUCACCAACAAGGAGAAGUUCGACAAUGCCAUGGGCGAGGUCAUUGAUCAGGCCUGGACAUCGAGUCAGUCGGGUCAGAGUGGUGUCUUUGAUGCCAUCCAGAAAUCGCUGCACUGCUGCGGUCGCGAGAAUUUUUCGGAUUAUGGCACAAGCAUCUUGACUGGACUGCCUCCUAGCUGCUGCGACGGCAGCUGCCUGAUUCCCACGAACAUUUAUGGUGGCUGCCGCACCAAAUUUGUCAACUUCAUGUCCGGCAACACCGAGAACGUCAAGUUCUUUGGACUGGGCUUGAUUGUUGUUGAGCUGGUUGGCUUCAUUUUCGCCUGCUGUUUGGCUAACAACGUGCGCAACUAUAAGCGUCGCAACGGCUAUUAAACAACAACAA